AUGACGGGCCCGCGAGAUCUAAAUUCCCAGAUCGAGAGUCUAAUAAAUCGCCUUCGCCGACGGCAAGUUGUGGGAUCAUGGUCUGUUAGUCUAGAAACAGCUUUACUCCUUCGACAAGUGGUCUCCACUAGUCGAUGGAAUCAGGUUGGCACCUUAAUCAAUCUGGUUAAGGACGUUGGUAGAAGAUUAGUUCUUGCUCAACCAAGAGAACUUGCAGUGGGGAAUAUUGUUCGCCGCGUGUUGCGUUUGAUACGCGAAGUGUAUAACUCCGAGGUUGGUACGACAGCAGCUUUUCAUAAGGCCUCCACAGCGGAAAGCGGAAAUGGAAAAUCAAUUUUUCAACAAACAAGGACUCAUGAUCUUCACGACGGAUCAGCAGGCUCCUCUACAGGAACAAACUUUUUUUCUUCCUCGUCCUCCAUGAUCAACUUGUUGAAUGUCAAAAGUGCGUCGAUGGAUUAUAAUCGAAAAAAUUUUAAUAUCCUUCAUUCAGAUACUUACCACGUAUUGGAAAUGAUUAAUGAGUUAGAAAUCAUGUACGCUAACAUUGCCGAUCAAGCGAUGGAACAUAUUCAUUCAAACGAGAUUAUUAUGACAGUGGGUAAAUCGCAUACAGUAGAAGUUUUCUUAAAAACAGCAGCAAAGAAAAGGAAAUUUACAGUAGUAGUUGCAGAGACAUCGCCAACGUAUCUAGGUCAUCAGAUGGCUUUAUCUCUGUCACAAGCAGGUAUUGACACAACGGUAAUUUCAGAUUCGGCAAUUUUUGCCGUUAUGUCAAGAGUAAAUAAAGUUAUAAUGGGUACUCACGCGGUACUUGCGAACGGAGGGUUGAUCUCCGUAAGUGGUGCUCAAAUGGUAGCCACAGCAGCGAAACAUCAUUCUACACCUGUUGUGGUGUGUACCGGGUUAUAUAAGUUAUCGCCACUAUACCCAUAUGAUGAGGAUUCAUUUAAUGAUCUCGUCGCGCCCGAUCCAGUGUUAAGCUUCGAAGAAGGUGAAUUGAUAGACAAAGUCACUCUAUUGAACCCAUAUUAUGACUAUGUUUCACCCGAACUAGUCAACCUCUUUAUUACAAAUACGCUCAUAAAUGAAAAUUAUGAUCCUGAAGAUACCGUCAUAUGA